GCCCUUCGUACUAGAAUAUUGUUUUUGUGCACUUACCUUUUUGGGGGGUUGUUAUUCAUGCUAUUCUGCCUUUACGUUACUAUUGUCGUUGGCGUCGACUUUAGCUACAAUGUUGAUUUGCUUAAUUGCUUCAGUAUAACUUCUUUCUUUCAGUGCAUCUUUCUCCCUGUGUGGGUUCCAUACCUGUCUUGGAUUCUAUUUCAAUGCCUUCUAGAAGGCCAAAAUAUGACCGGCCAACUGCGUCCGGGUCGUCUUCUACAUCAGGCCAUCCUGUGCUUUGCCUAUUCAUCCUAUAUGUCGUAGUGCUCGACGAAGUGGUCAUGGUCAUUAUAGGCAUCAUGUGCGCGCUGGUUUACUGAAGGCCAGCCAACUGCAUUCUUGAGUGCAGGUGUGUGCUUACUUAAGGAUCAUCUUGGUUCAGUUUGACUCAUUUUGUGUGCUGUCGUUGCUAAAAAGCCACUCAGGUGCACUGCUACCUGUUCUAAUAAAACCUUACCUAAAUAUAUGUGCACCUCUGUUCACUGUUGCCUGCUAUAGACGCUUUCAUUUUAACUAAACAUUGGGUUGCUAAUUUCUGUUUUACCAUAUAUGUUGUCUGACAUGGUAGGAUAAUUAUGCUUAUGACUAAUCUUUGAUCCUUCUUUUUAUCUUCUCCGUUGUUAUUUCUUUACCUCACAAAUAUUUACUCACACUACUGUAGCCCUCUCAGAAUUUUCAUUACCUUCAUGUUCUGGAACAACUGGAGGACCUAGGUACCAUACUGUUCUUACAUAUAUUCUGAAAAAUGUGUGUUGCCUUACUAUACAACCUCUUCUUCGACUGUUAUUAUCACAGAGAUUUAUAUUCCCUUAUAUAAAUUAUCGUUUCUCUUUGGUGUAAUCUCAUACACUUAACAUGCCUGCAUACAUUAUGUAGGUACAGUCUCCCUAUUAUUGCCACCGAUCUUGUUGCACCAAGAGAGCAACAAAAUGAAAGAACUAUACAACUUGUGUUCUUUGGAUCCAUAGCACAAGAAAUAAUUGACACUCCAGUUGGUACUCUCAUUGCUGCUAAUGAAGGCGUGGGAAUUUUUCUCCCAACAAAAAUAAUUGCCAUCUAUGGAAAACAAUAUGAGCUCUGUGUAAGCAUUUCCUCAAUGUCAUUACAGCAUAUCAACAUCACCUAUCAAGUUGAUGCUAUUAUAGGCAUGGGUAACAUUCCUGCAUCUACACCACCCCGCUUGCAUCUCGCACUUGAAGGACAACCUUCUCAUCAAUCAGCAACAGAAAGCCAGCAACUCCACUCUACUGAUAAAUCUACACUCAUCACUGCACCAAAUAGUUCUGGGUCUACACCACCUGAAUGCAAUAAGGACAUCAGCUCGGCAUUACCUCAUAUAGAUAUAUCAGGUACAGAAAAUACUAAGUUUGAGAUCCAUGCAAGGAAAAAGGCUCCUGAAUCAUCUGAAAGCAAUCUAUUGUCAACUCCGGCCUCAGUUGAAGACUUAGAAAAAGCUCAGCUUGCUGACCCAAAGACAAAAAAGAACAAAUGUUCGAUUGAUGAGGCAUCUCAUAGCCAUGGAAAAAAUGAUCCAAGUGAUAUUCACACAGCAGCCAAAAAAUUAAAAAGGCCAAGAGACGGUUAGAGCUCACCAAUCCAGAUGAACAAGACUAGGGUAGCCAUGCAGUAGAGUGUAGAGAAGGACAUCCUAUUUUGACAAUGGACCUAACACAACUACGCCAGCACAUGCUACUGUGCCUGCCAAUUUGCGAUGGUCCAGAUAUCUCUACCGUAUGUAAAUUAAAUAGUAGGUAGUGAAUCAGAACUACUAUGGAAUCCUUAGCAACCCAGCAGUGUCCUCCCUGACGUCGCCCAACUAGACCAUCCAAUGAAAGGAAGGGAGGCCGCACCCUCCUAGGAAAUGCAUUUAGGCAGGUGUUAGACAUUAUAUUAUAGCUUCCGAACAGCUGCUAUAUGUAAAUUAAUCAGUACUACCUGAGCUUGCCAAACAUUAUGCCGUCUGAGCUUGCCAAACAUUAUGCAGUCUGUCAUCGUACUUCUAUGAAUUGACCUCUUUUCUUUCCCCAAA